AUGCCCCCCAACACUUCAGAUUCCUCCGAUCUCGAUCGUCUCUUCCUGAUCAUUGAUUGGGGGACCACUUACGGAAAGAUGGGCCGCAUCCAUGUCCCCGCCGGACAGGACGUCAAUUCGAUCAGCAAAGAUAAUAUCGAUUAUCUCCACGGAUAUGACGAAGACAUUUGUCCCAACGACAAACACAACGAUUUUGUACCCACGCAUAUAUACUAUGGUGUGGACGGCGACAAUUCCUGGGGCUGGAGCGUGUCCCGACUACUGAGCACGUUUCAUGAGGAAAUCCAUCAAAAUGGUGAUCGCCUUGUGCGUCUCUCCAAACUGAUGCUGGACGACGCCGACGCGACUUUAGACGUUCGCAACGACCUCGAAAAACAACUCAAUGGCCUUAUAAGAGAUGGGUACAUCCGCGAACAAGACGAUGUCAUGAAGGACUACUUUACAGAGUGGUUCACGUUCGCAAAGGAGCAAUCCUUCGAUAUGGGGAUUGCGUGCCCCGGAUUUGUUAUCUCCGUCCCUAGUGACUGGGGCGUAAUAUCCUGUCAUCGAUAUUAUACGGCGAUUGUCAAAGCGAUAGUGGAGGUGUGGAACCUACAAGUACCACCCAGCAUCACAACAGUAUCAGAGCCUGAGGCAGCCGCUUCUUAUUGUCUUUCCUUAAAGGGCACUGAGGUCGGAAUUGGAUCCUGUGUUUCCGUCAUCGAUGCUGGAGGUGGCACUAUCGAGAUGAUCACACUCAAGAAGACACGCAAUGAUCCACCCCACGAUCACCAAACCGAUCUAGGUGACUCUCAUGGAGGUGAUUCGCUGAACCGAGUUCUCCGAGACAUUGUCACAAAGAAGCUGGCAUCAGAAUCAUAUCUUGGUGAACAAUACGCGGACAUAACAGUUCCUAGUAUUGUUGCGGGUGUCGUGCAAAAGUACGAGUCCGACAUCAAACGCUCAUCUAGUGAUCCAACGACUAAGCCGCCAUCCGGGUUCGUCAUCCAGGGUCUCAAAUCGGAUCCGGCAAGAGGGCUUUUUCCUCAUACCCUCAAACUCACAUCAGAUGAAUGGAUUCGAGUGUACAAACCUGCUCAUGACGGUCUGAUCAAGAUCAUUGACGAACAACAUUCCCUCGUUGUAGCCAAGGGAGAGCGCAUCGAUUCUGUCGUCUGGGUCGGACAAUUCUCCGACAGCAAGUCGUUCCGAGCCAGAGGAAAGCGAUAUAUGGCCACCUGGGAACAUGUCCCAGAGCAUACCGACGAAAAGGAAUACUCAACCUACGCAGUCACCGGUGGUGCAGGGCUCAAAGCCCUCAAAGUAAAGAUGUUCCCCCCAAAUCGAUUCCUGCGCGCCAGCUUCGCUAUCGAGCGACACGUUCCUAAAGAAUGGACCCAUCGAAGCGUCCGUUUCUUUAAAGAACACCCCCAGCUUCGGCAUUUACGUAAAGCCCACGGCGAACUGGGUAACGAUGGCAAACUCUACAUAUUCAACUAUCUCGAAUACUUCGCGCAGAAGGGAGAUAAGUUUCCACCAGGCCGGCAAUACUUCUUCACGUCUACUCACUCAUUCCAUCUCUCAAAGCGGUGGAUAGCUGAGGAGCAAAUUUGGUACACCCCCCAAGGACCAAAGAAAUCAUGGUAUCGCUCCGAUGACGAAGAAAACAAGGACGCAAGAGUGCUGGGGACAAUCCACUACGAUAUGAGUGCACUCAAGCAGAGCGUCGGCGAAGAAUUUCGGGUUGGCUCAAAAGGUGACGACUUCUACGAGAUCACCCUGCGUGUCAUGGUCGAAAUGCGGGCGGACUACCCUCACACACUCAAUGUAAAGGCUAGAUGGGCGCCGGAGCUGUCUGGGGUAUCGCGGCAGGAUACCGACGCGGAUGAUGACGCCGACGUCGACAAAGACUCCCGAGAAAUGCUUGAUGGCGACAAUGCCAUGGUAUUCGAAGGCGAGUACAUCAACGUCUCAGCGGCGUUCAAUGUCUCGGCCGUAUGA